AUGAACUUGAAUACUGUAAUAGAUUCACCAAACUCAGAUGCUGUUCCCACUGUCUUCACUGAAGCUCAGAAUUCUCAAGAUAGUCUGAUUCAGCCAGUUUCAAGAACAACAUCAGCACCAAUCAAGAACAGCAAAAUUCAAAAUGAAUAUUCACCAGCUUCACCCAGUAAAAUUCAAAAAGAGGGCCCACCAACUCUACCCCAUGAAAUUCAACAAGAAAUUAAUAGCAUAGCCAACUAUUCAGACACUUCAAUGGACUUGGACACUGUAAUAGAUUCAUCAAAUCCAGACACUAUCCCCACUGCCUUUACUGAAGUUCAGAAUCCUCAAGAUAGUCUGAUUUAG